GUGCCGGGUGGCGCGCUGUGGGGGUAUUUGAGACACGAGAGUCGGGGCAGACAGGACUCCGGGAUCUCAGUUAGCGCUCAACCACUGUCAUGAUGCGUCGCCGAGUGCUGACAGCGGUGUUCACGGUGCUGAUGAUGAUGAUGGCGACGGCCUGUGUGGCGGCGCCUGUCGAAGAUGAUCACAGCUUGCCCGAGACGGAGGUCCACCGGCCUGGCGACCCACCCCACGAGCAGGUAAUGCGAGAGGUGGGGGUGAUGAAACACGAGGUACAGGUCCAUCACCUUCAGCAACCUCACGAAGCCCAUAACGACCACCACGACCCGGAACUACUGCAACAUUUGGAACACUACCACGGCCAGCACGAUGACGGCCACAGCCAGUCCGCGCAGGAUGGAGACCACGACCACAGUCACGACCACCACCACCAUGACGACCACCACCACUCCGGGGGGCACCAUGGAGGCCACGACCACCACCAUCAUGAAGACCACGACCACCACCACCAUGACGACCACCACCACCACCAUGACGACCACGACCACCACGAUGGAGAUCACGACCAUUCAAACGAAACCCAUGCCCAUGAGGGCCACGACCACUCAAACGAUACACAUACCCAUGAAGGCCACGACCACGACCACGACCACUCAAGCGAUACACAUACCCAUGAAGGCCACGACCACGACCAUGAUCACCACCACCAUGGGGAGGGGCACGACCACGACCACCACCAUGGCGAGGGGCACGACCAUCACCACGACCACGACCACCACCAUGGCGAGGGGCACGACCAUCACCACGACCACGACCACCACCAUGGCGAGGGGCACGACCAUCACCACGACCACGACCACCACCAUGGCGAGGGGCACGACCAUCACCACGACCACGACCACCAUGACGACCAUGACCACCACCACCAUGAUGAAGGUCACGACCAUUCAAACGACACCCACGACCAUGAGGGCCACGACCACUCAAACGAUACACAUGGCCAUGACGACCACGACCACGACCACGACCACUCAAACGAUACACAUACCCAUGAAGGGCACGACCACGACCACGACCACGACCACCACCACCAUGGGGAGGGUCAUGCCCACGACCACCACCACCACCACCAUGGGGAGGGUCAUGCCCACGACCACCACCACCACCAUGGCAAAGGGCACGACCACGACCAUGACGACCACCACCACCACCAUGGGAAAGGGCACGACCACGAACACGACCACCACCACCAUGACGACCAUGACGACCAUCACCACCACCAUGGCGAGGAACAUGCCCACGACCACCACCACCACGAUGGAGGUCACGACCAUUCAAAUGAUACCCACGACCAUGAGGGCCACGACCAUUCAAACGAUACACAUGCCCACGACCACGACCACGACCACGACCACCAUGGCGAGGGGCACGACCACUCCGGUGACACUCACGACCAUGAAGGCCACGACCAUAGCAAGGACGGCCAUUCCCACGACCACAGCCAUGGACAAAUCCAUCACCAUGGAAGCCACGACCACGGUCACGACCACCACCACCGUGACAAAAUGACUCACGACCUCUCAAACGAGUGCCAUGACCAGGAAGAUCCCGAACCGCCCGGCAAAGACGACCACUCUCACGAUAACAAAGACGAAGACGACGAUGACGACCACAGUGACGAAAGUGAUGAAGAUGACGACAGCGAAGAAGAUGAGGAAAGCUCCGGGGAAAAGGGUGAAGACGACCACAGCCAAGAUUCAGACGACAACGAAGACGACGACGGUCAUAAGGCUAAGGCAGGAUGCAAGAAGGAUGAGGAAGGCUCCGGAGACGACCCCCACCACGACCACCACCACCACGGCCACAGACACGACCACCGCCACGGCGAGGGGCGCCUCCACUGCCAUUGCCACAGCCACAGCCACCAUGGUGAAGGCCACGACCACGGACACGACCACCACCAUGAUGGAGGUCACGACCAUUCAAACGACACCCACGACCAUGAAGGACAUGACCACUCAAACGACACACAUGGCCACGAGGGGCACGACCACGGACACGACCACCACCACUGCCACUGCCAUCGUCACCCCCACCACCACCACGACCACGGACACGACCACCACCACCAUGGUGAAGGCCACGACCACGGACACGACCACCACCACCAUGGUGAAGGCCACGACCACGGACACGACCACCACCAUGGUGAGGGGCACGACCACGGACACGACCACCACCAUGGUGAGGGGCACGACCACGGACACGACCACCACCAUGGUGAAGGCCACGACCACGGACACGACCACCACCAUGGCGAGGGGCACGACCACGGACACGACCACCACCAUGGUGAAGGCCACGACCACGGACACGACCACCACCAUGGUGAAGGCCACGACCACGGACACGACCACCACCAUGGCGAGGGGCACGACCACGGACACGACCACCACCAUGAUGGAGGUCACGAUCAUUCAAACGACACCCACGACCAUGAAGGCCACGACCACUCAAACGAUACACAUGGCCAUGACGACCACGACCACGACCACCACCAACAUGGCGAAGGGCACGACCACCACCAUGGCGAGGGUCAUGACCACCACGACCACCACCACCACGAUGGAGAUCACGACCAUGACCACGACCACCACCACGAUCACCACCACCAUGGCGAGGGUCAUGACCACGAUGACGACCACCACCACCAUGGCGAGGGUCAUGACCACGAUGACGACCACCACCACCAUGGCGAGGGUCAUGACCACGAUGACGACCACCACCACCAUGGCGAGGGUCAUGACCACGAUGACGACCACCACCAACAUGGCGAGGGGCACGACCACCACCACCAUGGCGAGGGGCACGACCACGGACACGACCACCACCACCAUGGCGAGGGUCAUGACCACGAUGACGACCACCACCACCAUGGCGAGGGGCACGACCACGGACACGACCACCACCAUGGUGAGGGGCACGACCACGGACACGACCACCACCACCAUGGCGAGGGUCAUGACGACGAUGACGACCACCACCACCAUGGCGAGGGGCACGACCACGGACACGACCACCACCAUGGCGAGGGGCACGACCACGGACACGACCACUACCAUGGCGAGGGGCACGACCACGAUGACGACCACCACCACAAACACGACCGGGACGCUCACGACAGACACGGAGUCCACACUCGCAAUGAAGGCAUGGCCCCUGUGGACAGACCAGUCUUGGUCGGCCCCGUGUUGGUCCCUAGGCGCGGUCUGGCGCCCAUCCCGGGGCUCGCUGCGCCUCCCGCUGCCCCAGGAGACUCCUGGAUGCACGCCUCGUGCAAGUUGGAGCCCAACGCCGACCUGGAGGGCGGCAGCGUGAGGGGCACGGUGAUCAUCUCCCAGAAGAAGGACGAGUCAGGACCAGUUUUCUUCCACAUCGACAUCGCCGGCUUCAAGGCCUCAGAGGGACGCGUGCACGGCUUCCACAUCCACGCCUCCCCCGUGACGGACAACAAGUGCAGCACCGCCGGGCCGCACCUCAACCCCUUCGGCAACACGCACGCCGGCCCGGACAACGAGACCAGACACCUGGGCGAUCUUGGCAACAUAGAGGUGGACAGCCACGGCAGACUGGACGACUACAUCCUGACUGACGACCAAGUGGCCUUCAAGGGGGCCGCCUCCAUCAUCGGCAAAUCAAUAGUGGUUCACGAAGGCGAGGAUGACCUAGGUCUUGGCGGGGACGAGGGCAGCCUGAGCACCGGGAACGCUGGGGGCCGCCUGGCGUGUUGCAACAUCUACAUUCAGGCCGAGACCCUCUUCCGGUUCAAGGGCUGAGGCAAGAGCGUGGCGGAGAGGCGGCUGAGGGAUGCGCAGGGUGGCAGCCAGAGUUUGGACGUGGGAAUACUCGCUGGGUUGUAUAUCUAAGUCUAUAUAUACCAAGUCAAGUCACUCUGCUUCAAAACUGCGAGCGGUACGCGAGGGGGCGGUUUGGGGGCGGAGCAGCGAGAUGACGUCACUUGGAGCUAAAAAAAAAUACCCGCCAGUUCAGGGGUGACUAAAGUUGGGGCCGUGUGUGCACUCUGGAUGUGCAUUCUCGCCUUCUUUCACAGCGCGUUCAGGCAAGCCACUGACGAAAAAAUGUGCCUUUUUAUUGGGCUAUUGCGUGACUGUAAUUCCAAUGUCUACAAACGGCGGUGUGGGGUGUGAGGGAGGGCAUGUUGAAGUGAUUGAUUUAAAUUAGUCCGCCUUUCCUCGUUUUCUCUAAAUCCCUGUUUGUACAUUCUCUAGUUUGGCUCCAAGCAACGUCAUGCAUAAGUCACGCCUCUGCCGUGUCUCCUCCCACAAACCUGCGCGUGACUUGACUUGGUGUAUAUAGACUUUGGUUGUAUAUAAGAACGCUCUCAAGCACUGCAAUCACCAUUACUAGGCAACUUACGGCCACUCAAUCUGUUUUUUUGUUUGUUUAUAUGUUGCCAGAGCAGCGUGUAGUGGCUUUUUUUUGUUCGUUGGUCUUUCUUUUGCCCUUGAGCUGCUUCCGUUUUCGUUAUCGUAAAAAUAAUAAUAAUAAUAAUAAUAAACGUUCUAAGUCCCCAUCAAUCCCUCCAUCACAACUUGCCCACAAAGAAGCCGCGUGAAAUUCAACUUGAUGCUGAUACAAGCUUUUUUUUGUGUGUGUGUGUGUGUUUGUGUGUGUGUGUGUGUGUGUGUGUGUGUGUGUGUGUGUGUGUGUGUGUGUGUGUGUGUGUGUGUGUGUCCUCUUCUCUUCUCUUUUUUUCUUUCCUUUUCCUUCCCUUCCCCUCUUUUCCCUUCCCUUCCCUUUCCUUUCCUUUCCUCUUCUCUCCUCUCCUUUCCUCUCCUUUCCCUUCCCUUCCCUUCCCUUCCCUUCCUUUCCUUUCCUUUCCUUUCCUUUCCUUUCCUUUCCUUUCCUUUCCUUUCCUCUCCUUUCCUUUCCUUUCCUUUCCUCCCCUCCCUUCCCUUCCCUUCCCUUUCUUUCCCUUCCCUUCCCUUCCCUUCCCUUUCUUUCCCUUCCCUUCCCUUCUCCUCGCUUAAAUACUCUCCUCUUUUUAUUUUUCUCAUUUCUUUUCUUUUCUUUUCGUCUUUUCUCUCUCUAUCUCUCCAUCUAUCCAUCUAUCUAUCUAUCUCAAGCUCCCUCGUCUAUUAACUAACUUCGCCCCUAAUUAAUUAACUAAGCUCAAUUUUACAUCCAAACGUUAUUUUUAGUCCUGCGCCGUUUUUUAAGUACACCAAUUUUUAAACCAUGUUCUUCUUAUAGGGAAAUUAACCUGUAUCUGAACGUGCAAUUAAAUACACUUUUUAA